AUGAGCUCGCCCGGCGCCGAGGGCGCGGGGAAGAGCCUGCAGUACCGAGUGGACCACCUGCUGAGCGCCGUGGAGAGCGAGCUGCAGGCGGGCAGCGAGAAGGGCGACCCCACGGAGCGCGAGCUGCGCGUGGGCCUGGAGGAGAGCGAGCUGUGGCUGCGCUUCAAGGAGCUCACCAACGAGAUGAUCGUGACCAAGAACGGCCGGAGGAUGUUCCCGGUGCUGAAGGUGAACGUGUCCGGCCUGGACCCCAACGCCAUGUACUCCUUCCUGCUGGACUUCGUCGCGGCCGACAACCACCGCUGGAAGUAUGUGAACGGAGAGUGGGUCCCGGGCGGCAAGCCCGAGCCGCAGGCGCCCAGCUGCGUCUACAUCCACCCCGACUCGCCCAACUUCGGGGCGCACUGGAUGAAGGCGCCUGUAUCCUUCAGCAAAGUCAAGCUCACCAACAAGCUCAACGGAGGGGGUCAGAUCAUGCUGAACUCCUUACAUAAGUACGAGCCUCGGAUCCACAUAGUGAGAGUUGGGGGCGCCCAGCGCAUGAUCACCAGCCAUUGCUUCCCCGAGACCCAGUUCAUAGCGGUGACCGCUUAUCAGAACGAGGAGAUCACAGCUCUUAAAAUUAAAUACAAUCCGUUUGCAAAAGCUUUCCUUGACGCAAAGGAAAGAAGCGAUCACAAGGAUAUGACGGAGGAGCCUGGAGACAGCCAGCAGCCCGGGUACUCCCAAUCAGGGGGGUGGCUCAUCCCUGGAACCAGCACCCUGUGCCCGCCCGCCGCCCCCCACCCACAGUUCGGAGGGCCCCUCUCGCUUCCCUCCACUCACGGCUGUGAAAGGUACCCCGGCCUGAGGAACCACCGUCCGUCCCCCUACCCCAGCCCUUAUGCACAUCGGAAUAAUUCUCCAACCUAUUCGGACAAUCCGUCUGCGUGCUUAUCCAUGCUCCAGUCCCACGACAGCUGGCCCAGCCUUGGAACGCCCGCCCAUACCGGCAUGCUCCCCGUGGGCCACAGCGCCGGCCCGCCCGCUGGCUCCAGCCAGUACCCGAGCCUGUGGUCCGUGAGCAGCGGCUCCAUCACGCCUGGCGCCCAGGCCUCAGGGAUGUCCAACGGGCUGGGCGCCCAGUUCUUCCGGGGACCCUCCGCACACGCGGCGCCUCUGGCCCACCCGGUCCCGGCCUCCCCCUCCUCGGGAUCCCCGCUGUACGAAGGGGCCCCCGCGGCCACAGACAUCCCUGACAGCCAGUACGACGCCUCGGCCCAAGCCCGCCUCAUAGCCUCGUGGACGCCCGUGUCGCCUCCUUCCAUGUGA